AUGGCAAGCCCAAGAGUGUUAGGGACUGCUUUCCUGGUCUUGCUUAUUGUAGACAUCGCCUUUGCUGCUAGGACACUGCAGUCAAUUAGUGGAGGUGGAGGUGGAGGGCAGGGAGGAGGUGGUGGUGGUGGCUCUGGAUCAGGACUUGGGUCAGGUUACGGUUCUGGGUCUGGAUCCGGGAGCGGUGAAGGAUAUGGUGCUGGUGGUCGUGGAGGAGGCGGGGGCAGGGGCAGUGGCGGGGGCGGAGGUGGUGGCAGCGGCGGAGGCAACGGGUCAGGUUCUGGCUAUGGGUCUGGUAGCGGCUCAGGCUAUGGUUCUGGUAGUGGGAUAGGUGGUGGAAAAGGUGGCGGCGGCAGUGGCGGCAGUGGCGGCGGCGGCGGCGGUGGUGGAGGUCAAGGCUCUGGAUCAGGAAGUGGGUCAGGCUAUGGAAGUGGAAGUGGAAGUGGAAGCGGAAGCGGCGGUGGCAAGGGUGGGAAAGGAGGAGGAGGAGGAGGAGGAGGUGGUGGGGGUGGGGGAGGAGGAUCUGGCUCAGGCUCAGGCUCAGGUUAUGGAAGCGGGUCUGGUUAUGGCUCUGGAUAUGGAGGAGGGAAAGGAGCUCACACAUGCGUGGAUAUUUUCUGUUGGCGAGCAACUGCAACUGUGCAUAGGAAGCAAAAGAAGAAGAAAGAAAAAAAACGCGCGUUAGGGGCUGCAGAGAGGAGAGAAAAAACAACGGUGGCUCUUGAUGGUCUGCUGGUGGUUGCGCUGGCUUCCUGUGGUGGAGCUGAAGGUGGGAAGACCGGUGAUGAGGGUGGUGGUGGCUGA